UUUCCAAAAGCUGCCCAAAAUCUUCGCAACGACUUCGUUAGAAGCAAUAAACAAACUAGAAAUCGCGCUUCGACGAUUGACGAAUCUCAACCGUUCAAACAACAUUGCCGUCUCUCCGUCACCGUCGCCGUCGCCGGUUACCUUCGUAAGCGGCAACUACCUUUUCCCUUCUUCCUCACGGAUAGCUCAUCCAUGAGACUUCUCUCGCUCUAGUUUUUUUUUCUCUCUCUAGAGAUGGUUUGGGAGCGGCAAUGAAAGCAGAGUUUGAGGUGGAGGUGGAGAGGCGAUGGGUGAUUGUAAGCGAGUUAUGGUGAGGACGGCGGCGAGUAAUGCUGGUUGGAUGUCUAAGAGGAGGAGAAUUGCCGGUUCGCCGGAGAGGUUGAGGCCGUCGACGUCUCAGUCUGACUUAAGCGACGGUUGUUUGUGGUUGGAGAAUGCGACGACGUCUGUCUCGCGCUUGGAGAAGAGGAAUUCCGUUGGCGUUGUCGCCGGAGGUGAGAUGAGUGAUGGUUUUUCAGCGGAUCAGUUUCCUGUUUCUUGUAGCUCCGGUAACGACUGCGGCAAGGCCACCGGCCUGAAGGACGCCGUGAAAUUCGAAGAUCUGGAGCCGACCAAGAGCUUCGAAACCGUAGAGUCGACUCGCGUUAACGGCAUUCAAAGAGAAAGCACUCCAACGAGCGAUCUCCACGGAGAAUCCGACGUAAUGGACACACUAGCGAAGAGCUUCUUGACUGAGAAACAGAAGCGAACUGAUCGUCCGAUGAAGACGCCGCCGAUUUUUGAGAUUGAAGAUUUCUUCGCCGAGGCGGAGAAGUACGAGCAGAAGCGCUUCUCAGAGAAGUACAACUUCGAUAUAGUGAUGGAUGUGCCAUUGGAAGGACGAUACCAGUGGAUUCGUCUGAAGCCAUGAAAAACCAGCUAACUUCAUGCUAAGACACGCCGGGAUCUGGAUUAUCUCGGAUUUCAUGGAACUCUAUCCUUUUGGAAAACUCUGUUAGUUUCUUCUUUUUGUACAGCUUCCAUCUCCACAAAAGAAGCUCCGGAACUAAAUCUUUUCAGUAAAUGCACACUGCACACACACACACACACACCCAUAGAAAGGAAACCGCCGCCGCCGCCGCCGCCGCCGCCGCCGUCCUUCUUUUAUCAUUUUCUUUCAUGAACUCAAAGCUGUGUUAUGUCGUGCAUCCAUAAUUGAGCACAGAUUUCUGUAAUUCUCACUUCGAAUUCACGACAAAUGUUGGCCAUGUUAAAUCACACUUCGUUCUUUUGUCA